AUGGGACCUGAUGGGGCACAGACGCCUCUGUCAAAUGGGACAUCGUCGUUGGAUCACCUGCAACCGACAGAUGAGGACCUCUUGUACGAAGAGGAAUUGCUUCGCAAUCCAUAUUCAUUGAAGAUGUGGUUGAGAUAUCUGGAUGCUCGCAAGGACGCCCCCGCGUUCAAAAGAUAUGUUUUGUACGAGCGUGCCUUGAAGGCUCUUCCUGUCAGCUACAAGCUGUGGCAUGCAUAUCUACGGGAGCGCCAGAUGGCAGUGCGAGGACUGGCCAUUACGGACCCUGCCGUGUCGUCACUGAACAACACCUUUGAGCGUGCGCUUGUGUCCAUGCACAAGAUGCCGCGCAUCUGGCUGGAGUACCUGGAGUUUGUGGUGGAGCAGGGGUGGUUGACGCGAACGAGGAGGACCUUUGACAAGGCGUUGUGCGCGCUGCCCAUCACCCAGCAUGACCGCAUCUGGGUGCUCUACCUGAAGUUUCUGAUGCGCCCGGGAACGCCACCUGAGACAGCGGUGCGCGUGUACAAGCGCUACCUGCGCCUGGAGCCUACGCAUGCGGAGGAGUACAUUGCUUACCUCAAGGCACAGGGUCUGUGGGGCGAGGCUGCGCGCAAGAUGGCGGAGCUGGUGAAUGACGACGCCUUCCGCUCGCUGGAGGGCAAAAGCAAGCACCAGCUCUGGCUCGAGCUCUGCGACAUCAUCACCAAACACCCCAAGGAUGUCACCGGCCUCAAGGUCGACGCCGUGCUGCGCUCCGGCAUCCGCAAAUUCACCGACGAGGUGGGCCGGCUGUGGACGUCGCUGGCGGAUUACUACAUCCGGCAGGGCAUGUACGAGAGCGCACGCGACGUGUACGAAGAGGGGCUCACCACCGUCACCACCGUGCGCGAUUUCUCGCUCAUCUUCGACACGCUCACGCAGUUUGAGGAGACCCUGCUGCACCACAAGCUUGAGCAAGGCGGUGGCGAGGAUGAGCCGGAGCCGGCCAUGAACGGGGCGGAGGAGAGCGAUGGGGAGGACUUCCUGCUGAAAGACGACGAGGACGACACUGAUCUCAGGCUGGCGCGGCUCGAGCACCUGAUGGAGCGGCGGCCGGAGCUUCUGUCCAGCGUCAUGCUGCGUCAGAAUCCGCACAAUGUGCACGAAUGGCACAAGCGCGUCAAGCUUUUCAACGGCAACCCCCACAAGCAGAUCCUCACCUACACCGAGGCUGUCACCACCGUGGAUGUCAACAAGGCGAUUGGGAAGCUGCAGACGCUUUGGACGGGCUUUGCUCGCUUCUACGAGCGCCACGGAGACCUCGAGAACGCGCGUGUCAUCUUUGACAAGGCCACGCAGGUAGAGUUCAAGUACGUGGAUAGCCUGGCGACGGUGUGGUGCGAGUGGGCGGAGAUGGAACUGCGCCACAAGAACUACAAACGCGCGUUGGAUCUCAUGCGCCGCGCCACCUACACCCCCGACACCAUCAACCGCCGAGCGGCGGCUGAGGCGGAGCGGGAGGGACCGGUGCAGGGGCGGCUGUACCGCAGCCUGAAGCUGUGGGCCUUCUACUGCGACCUGGAGGAGAGCCUGGGUACUUUGGAGUCCACGCGCGCAGUCUACGACCGAAUCCUCGACCUCCGCAUCGCUACGCCCCAGAUCAUCCUCAACUACGCCCUCUUCCUCCAGGAGCACAAGUACUGGGAGGAGUCGUUCCGCGUGUAUGAGCGCGGGGUGGCGCUAUUCAAGUACCCGCAUGUACGCGACAUCUGGCUCGCCUACCUGCAGCAGUUCGUCCAGCGCUAUGCCGGCUCCAAGCUCGAGCGCGCGCGAGACCUCUUCAAACAAGCCCUCUCCCAGGCGCCGCCCGAAGAGAGCAAGGCGCUGUUCCUGCAGUAUGCGGCGCUGGAGGAGGCGCACGGCCUCGCGCGCAGCGCCAUGGAGGUCUACGACCGCGCCGUCAAAACCGUGCCGGCCGCCGACCGCCUCGCUGUCUACGACCUGUACUUGGCGCGCGCCCACGAGUUCUUCGGUCUUGGCAAGGUGCGGGAGAUCUACGAGACGGCGAUAGAGGCAACGCCGCCAUACGGCGUGUCGGACGAGGACUGCAAGCGCAUGUGCCUGCGCUACUCGGCGCUCGAGCGGAAGCUGGGAGAGGUCGACCGUGCGAGGGCGAUCCUUGUCCAUGCAUCCUCCCUGGCCGACCCGCGGCGCGACCCCGGCUUCUGGAAAGCCUGGAACGACUUCGAGGUCGCGCACGGCAACGAGGACACCUUUAGGGAGAUGCUGCGUAUCAAGCGCAGUGUGGCGGCGUCUUUCAGCCAGAUCCACUACAACACCACCAUCGUAGAGGCAGCCACCACUGCCGCACCCACAGGCGAGGAGGGUGGCAAGCGCAAGAGGGGAGAGGACGAGAUGGCGGCUCUGGAGGCGGAGGUGGUGACAGGCACGCGGCUGCCGGGCUUUGUGUCGGGCGGCACUGUGCAGCCAGACCAGCGCGCACUGCAGGAAGGGACCGGCGCAGACGCGCCCGCCGCGCCCGGCCCCAGCGUGCCGGCUGUGGCAAACCCAGAGGACAUUGAUCUGGACGAGGGCGAUGCAGAGGAGGAGGCAGAGGAAGCUGGGGCCAACAUCCAGCUGGAGACCAAGCCCGUGCCGGAAGCAGUGUAUGGGGUUGGAGGGGAGCAGCUUGGGGCAUUGGAUCGCUUCAAAAAGAGGAAGACAGAGGGACAGUAACAAGGGGGCUGCCUGUGCAGCAUAAAAUCUUGUCAUAGGUCUUGCUCAAAGGCCCGCUGUGAGAGUUUCAAUAUUGUCUCUUGUCUGUGAGCUUGCAGAGUGGCUUAUGGCGGGGAGGGCUGGUGGGUUGAACUCAUAUAGCUGAGAGGGAGCAGUAUUUUGUGGACCUUUGUAAAUAAGUGGAUUGGAACCCCUUACAUAC